AUGGAUCAGUGCUGGUACCAUGGAAGCAUCACUCGUUCAAAAGCUGAGGACUUACUUUCUAAAGUGGGCAAGGAUGGAAGUUUUCUCGUCCGGGCCAGUGAGUCUGUCUCUUCAGCUUACGCCCUCUGUUUGCUGUAUCAGAACUGCGUAUAUACUUACAGGAUUCUACCAAAUAAAGAAAAUAAACUAGUGAUCCAGGCAUGUGAAGGUGUUCCAGUGCAAUAUUUCAACAACUUAGAUGAACUGAUAGAAUUUUACAAGAAAGAGAACAUGGGGCUGGUCCGGAGCCUUAAAUUCCCAGUUCCCCAUGAAGAAGAGGAGACAACAGAUGAUCUAGAAGAAGAUCUGGAUCCUUUGCCUAUUCCACCUGUAUUACCUCCACGCAGCAUUUCAGUUCCAGUAAGUGAAACAAAGGAAGAGCUUUUACUCAAUGAUUAUGUCCAGAUGACAGAAGUUAGCAGACCACCUCUUUCUGAAACCUUGCUCCAGCGAUUACAGCACCAGGAUACCAGCAAUAUUCCAGAAGAACAUCUCAAACUUAUCCAGGAUUAUUUGAGCGGUCAUAUAACUAAUGAUAUUGAAACUGUACAGCUUGGCUCAUGGAAUCUCCCUCAGCUGAAGAAACUACUUACAGGACUCUGCAAAGGACUCUUCAAUGAGUUGUCUCGAACUUUACCUUCUCUGGAAUCUAUACAGAUGGUGUUUGAUCAGCAGCUUUCCCCUACCCAUCGACAUUCUCAGCCAUCCUUUGAUGUCAAUCGUGCAAAAUUGGUUCAGUUGACAAAUUUGCUUUCUUCAAUAGAGGAUAAGGUGAAAAGAGUAUUGAUUGAUGGGUCAGAUUCAACACAUCGACGUUCACUUAUCCCUCCUGUUACCUUUGAGGUGAAAGCAGAUUGUCUUGGGAUUUCUUCCAAGAUUCAUCUUAAAGUUGAUGUUGAGAUGGGAAAACUUAUUAUUAAGAAAGCUAAGGAUGGUCCUGAAGAUAAGUUCUAUAACCACAAAAAAAUCCUACAGCUCAUCAAGUCUCAGAAGUUUCCUAACAAGCUGGUCAUUGUACUGGAGACAGAAAAAGAAAAAGCACAAAGGAAAGAAUAUGUCUUUGCUGACUCUAAGAAAAGAGAAGGCUUCUGCCAACUUCUACAGCAAAUGAAGAACAAGCAUUCUGAACAACCAGAACCUGAUAUGAUCACCAUCUUCAUUGGAUCCUGGAAUAUGGGUGAUGCUCCUCCACCAAAGAAGAUCAGCUCCUGGUUUCUCUCCAAGGGACAGGGUAAGACCCGUGAUGACACAGCUGACUAUAUUCCACAUGACAUCUAUGUGAUUGGAACACAGGAAGACUCCUUGGGGGACAAAGAAUGGCAAGAGAUUCUAAGGCAUUCCUUACAGGAGAUUACCAGUAUCAGCUUCAAAGUGAUAGCAACCCAUACUCUCUGGAACAUCAGGAUUGUUGUACUGGCAAAACCUGAACAUGAACAUCGCAUAAGCCACCUCUGCAUUGAUACUGUGAAGACUGGAAUUGCAAACAGGCUGGGCAACAAAGGAGCUGUGGGGGUGUCAUUCAUGUUUAAUGGAACCUCCUUUGGGUUUGUGAACAGCCAUUUGACUUCAGGAAGUGAGAAGAAACAGAGACGAAAUCAGAACUACAUGAGUAUUCUUCGCUUUAUGUCCCUGGGAGACAAGAAUUUGAAUCCAUUUAACAUCACUCAUCGUUUUACUCAUUUCUUCUGGCUGGGAGAUCUGAAUUACCGCUUAGAGUUAUCUCCAAUGGAAGCAGAAAAUAUCGUUCAGAAAAUCAAACAGCAGCAGUAUACAGAACUGCUUAAUUUUGACCAGCUCCUCAUUGAAAAGAAGGAUCAGAAGGUGUUUCUGCAGCUAGAGGAGGAAGAAAUAACAUUUGCCCCAACCUAUCGCUUUGAAAGAAACACCCGGGAGAAUUAUGUCUACACCAAGCAGAAAGCCACAGGGAUGAAGUACAAUUUGCCAUCCUGGUGUGAUCGAGUACUCUGGAAAUCAUAUCCCUUGGUGCAUGUGGUGUGCCAGUCUUAUGGAUGCACAACUGACAUUAUGACAAGCGAUCAUAGUCCUGUUUUUGCUACAUUUGAAGUUGCUGUCACAUCUCAGUUUGUUUCUAAGAAUGACUCUCUGGGACAGAUUGAAUUUCUCCAUUGCAGUGCUGUCCUCAAGACAAAGUCAAAGACUAAAUUCUACAUUGAAUUUUACUCCAGCUGCCUAGAAAGCUUUGUAAAGAGCCAAGAGGGAGAAAAUGAGGAAGGAAAUGAAGGGGAACUGGUGGUAAAGUUUGUCGAAGCCCUUCCUAAGCUAACUCCAAUUAUUUCAGAUCCAGAAUAUCUGCUAGACCAACACAUUUUGAUUUGCAUUAAAUCUUCAGACAGUGAUGAAUCCUAUGGUGAAGGCUGCAUCGCCCUUCGAAGUGGAGCUGCAGAAUCCGAAGUCCCUAUUCAAACUGUGUUAACACACCAUGGAGAAAAGACAGGAAUCUUCCAAGGUCAAUUCAAGCUACAAACAUCCCAAGGGAAACAGAGAGAAAAAUUAUACGAUUUUGUGAAAAUUGAACGAGAUGAAACAGCUGGACAAAAAUCAAUCAGAGGCUUGAGCUGUAUAGACCAUGCGAAAGAAUGGGAACAAAUCAACAAGGCUACUAUUUCCAGCAGGAGACCCACUCAUUUGGUAGCCAAAGAAGCAGCUGCCAUUGCUCGGUUUCGUGGAACUGCAGUAUCUCUUGAUGAACCUUGCAAAGAUGAUAUCGGGCGGAACACAGUGCCCUCAGAGAUCAAUAAUGCUAGCUACUUACGGAUGACUGUUGCCUCUCAACCAUUCACUGCAACAACCCAGUUUAAGCAAAUCCCUUCACCAGAUCAACAACCUACCCUUUGGAAUUAUGAUCCACAGCCAAAAGAUAAUAUUCCACUAUUGGGAUUAGAAUCUCCUACUACACCUUCCACUCUGUCUCCUGGAUCUCCAAGAGCUACUGCUCCUUUUGCAACUAAUCGAAAAGAUCAACUGUACAGUGAGGUGAGGAAAAGCAUGGUGGAACCAUUGCUGCAAGGUGAAGCAUAUUCAAAACCAGAGAUGAUUGAUAAUCCACUGUAUGACUUCACGAAAUCCAAGGACAAGUUACUAUUUAAGAGAGAACAGGAAUUGUUUAAGGUCUCCCGGAAAGAACUCCCAACUAUUCCUGAUCAAAACUUUCCUUUCACCAAGCUACAAGAGACCGAUGGCAACAAACCUUGCAAGCCACAAUCCUCCCCACCUUUCCUUGUCCCCACACACAGAUUUCGUUCUUAUACCUGUUCUAAUCAAUCUGAGGAAAACAGUACAGUGAAGGAAAAGAUUCAAAACAAGCAGAAACCUUGUUCCAAUUUAGAUCCCUCUCUGUCAACUUUCAAGAAUCCCAUUAAAUUAACAAGGUCUGAAAUAGUGCAGAAUAAACCACCUCUUCCAUCUAAAAGCCAGGUAGUGCUUGAUAUGCAGCACGUCAAGGGCCGAGACUAUCGAGAAAGCUCAGAACUUCCAUCUCAAAGGAAACACCAAAAUGAGGAUGGGUCUAUUGGCAGAGCAACUGUGCCGAUCUAUAGGCUGUACAUCACACGUGUCCUACGAUUCCCACUUACUCAUGCAGAGUAA